CCUCCUCCCCCCCCCCCUCCUCCCCCUCCCUCCCCCCCUCCCCCCCUCCCUCCCCCCCUCCCUCCCCCCCCCUCCCCCCCUCCCUCCCCCUCCCUCCCCCCCUCCCCUCCCCCCCUCCCUCCCCCCCCCUCCCCCUCCUCCCCCUCCCUCCCCCCUCCCCCCUCCCCCCCCUCUCCCCUCCCCCCCUCUCCCUCCCCCUCUCCCCCUCCCCCCCCUCUCCCUCCCCCCCUCCCCCCCUCCCUCCUCCCUCUCCCUCCCCCUCCCUCUCCCAUCCCCCUCACCUCCCCCUCCCCCUCCCCUCCCUCACCCCUCCCCCCUCCCUCCCUCCCCCUCCCCCCCUCCCCCCACCCCCCCCCCCCCCACCCCCCCCCCCCCCACCCCCACUCCCCCCCCCCCCCCCCCUCUCCCCCCCCCUCCCUCCCCCUCCCUCCCUCUCCUCCCCCCCCCCUCCCUCCCCCCUCCCCCCCCUCCCUCCCUCUCCCUCCCCCUCCCUCCCCCCUCCCUCCCCCUUCCCCCCUCCCUCCCUCUCCCUCCCCCCUCCCCCCUCCCCCUCCCUCCCUCUCCUCCCCCCUCCCUCCCUCUCCCUCCCCCCUCCCUCCCUCUCCCUCCCCCCUCCCUCCCUCUCCCUCCCCCCUCCCUCCCUCUCCCUCUCCUCCCCCCCUCCCUCCCUCUCCCUCUCCCUCUCCCUCUCCCUCCCCCCCUCCCUCCCCCCCUCCCUCCCCCCUCCCUCCCCCCCUCCCUCCCUCUCCCUCCCCCCCUCCCUCCCUCUCCUCCCCCCCUCCCUCCCUCUCCCUCCCCCCUCCCUCCCUCCCCCUCCCCCCCUCCCUCCCUCCCCCUCCCCCCCUCCCUCCCCCCCCCUCCCCCCCUCCCUCCCUCCCCCUCCCCCCCUCCCUCCCUCUCCCUCCCCCCCUCCCUCCCUCUCCCUCCCCCCCUCCCUCCCUCCCUCUCCCCCCCUCCCUCCCUCCCUCUCCCCCCCCUCCCUCCCCCCCUCCCUCCCUCCCUCUCCCCCCCCCUCCCUCCCUCUCCCCCCCCCUCCCUCUCCCUGACAACGGUUUCCCCACCGGCUCUCUGUCGGUCAUUGGCCGAAUCGAUAUGACCCCGCCCUUCCCGACUUGCUGCCCGCCCACUGGUCGCCCGAUCGCUGUCAGUCAUCGACGGCCCCGCGCACUAUGCCAGCGGGGGCUGUCAGUCAAAUCAGAGCCCGCCCGCCGUUGCCAGGCAGCAUCCAGCGAUGCCGCACGAUGA